AUUGGAGGCCAUGCAGAAGACUUGUUACAUAUACUCAAGCAACUAGACUUCAAAUUCCGAUUCUCCCAACGAGGAAGAAGAACCAUUCAUCGCGUCAUCCGCCUGAUGGAAAAAAUCAUCGAGGGAUAUGAACCUCUUCGUGACAUCCUUAGCCGCAUUCCUGAUCUUCAUCAUCACAUGGAAAUGAUUGAAAAUCACGCAGCAACCAUACUUCCAGACCUUGGUUGGGAUAAUAUAUUUUCCAAUCAACGAAAAGUCUUUUCAAGAUUGCGCACCAUUGUUGACCGUGAACAUCAAGCCCUAACAGACAUGCAAGCACGUACCCAUCAAGAUCUAGACGACAUGCAAAGCCAAUGGGAAAGGUACCGACCAGAUUUGGAAGAUCUUAUUGAAGAAGAACCAGAACUAAUAUCCACUCACUGGGAUGAAAAGUCUGAUUCAGAGGCAGAAAAUUUCUCACAAAUACAUGAUGACUAACAGAAAUGAACCUUUAAAUAGGUUCGAACCCCACAAAUGGGUGCUGAGAAUAAUAUUUUGUUUCAGGCAGUUUUGUUAUCUGAAAAGGCAGGAUAAUACCUCUUCAGAUAUUUAGCAUUAAUACAAUCAUGUACUCUUCUUCCUUCAUGAUUUACAAUAAUGAAAACGCCAUUCCCAAUAUCUUUUUGAAUAAUGUAUGGUCCUUCCCAAUUCGGUGACCACUUUCCCAAUUGGUCAGUUUUCUUAUACGUAGGAAGGAUGGUCUUCCAGACUAGGUCGCCUUUUUGGAAUGUCCUGUGAAGAACUUUCUUUCCAUAACUCUUUGCUCUGAUUUCAUUCUGUUUCACACUUCGACUUAUUGCCUGAAGUCGGCUAACAUCCAAAUCCUCCAACUGUUGCAGCAUAAGUUGUUGGUAUUCUUUUGUAAAAUCACCAUCAAUAAACUCUGUUCGACCAGAUGAUACUCGGAUUUCGGCUGGUAAAACAGCAUCUUGGCCAAACGUGAGUUGGUAAGGUGAGAACCCUGUGGCCGUAUUUCUGGUAUUCCUAUGUGCCCAUAAAGCCUGAGACAAUAACAAAUGCCACUUUCUUGGGUUCCCUUCAACCAUCUUCUUUAUAAUCCCAAUAAUAACCUUAUUUGCUGCUUCCGCUUGUCCAUUGGCUUGGGGAUAAUAAGGUGAAGAAUGAUGUAAUCGAACACCAAAUUCUGCCAAGAAACUAGAGAACUUUUCCCCUGUGAAAACCAGGCCUUGGUCGGUUGUUAUAGACUGAGGAAUACCAUAUCUGUAAAUAAUUUGAUUCAAAACGAAGUCUAUCACCUCCUUCUGAUCUACAUUUUUCAAAGCAACCGCUUCUACCCAUUUGGUAAAGUAGUCAGUCGCGACCAAUAUGAAACAAUGAUGUUUCGAUGAAGCGGGAUGUAUCUUACCAAUAAUAUCCAUAGCCCAUGAUUUAAAAGGCCAUGGUUUUGCCAAAAAUUGCAAUUCGGUUACUGGCAAAUGGUUUAAGUUUCCAUGUCUCUGACAUUCCUGGCAGCCUUUGGCAAAUUGUAUGCAAUCUUCAAAAAUCUUUGGCCAGAAAAACCCCAAACGAUGAAUGGCCCAUCUCAUAUUCAGACCUGCCCGAUGAGCUCCACAUAUCCCACCAUGUACUUCUGUCAUUACCUCUAGAGCUUCUUUAGACCCCAAACACUUCAAAAGUAAACCUUCAAAUGAUCUCUUAUACAAAAUUCCAUUUAUCAAUUGAAAACGUAAAGCUUUCAAUCGUGUCGCAAUCGAAACACUCGCACCUGGAUUCUGUAAAUACAUGAUAAGCUCUGCUCUCCAAUCGGGCACUGUUUCACCGUCGGACUCCUGCCUGAUAUCAACUACGCAGUCGGGCUCCUGUCCGACAGUCUCCUGCUCGACCAUAACUUCACAGUCGGGCUCCUGUCCGACAGUCUCCUGCUCGACCAUAACUUCGCAGUCGGGCUCCUGUCCGACAGUCUCCUGCUCGACCAUAACUUCGCAGUCGGGCUCCUGUCCGACAGUCUCCUGCUCGACCAUAACUUCGCAGUCGGGCUCCUGUCCGACAGUCUCCUGCCCGACCAUAACUUCGCAGUCGGGCUCCUGUCCGACAGUCUUCUGCCCGACCAUAACUUCGCAGUCGGGCUCCUGUGCAACUAUCUCCUGCCCGACCGUAACUUCGCAUAUCGGGUCUGUCUUUCCUUCUAUGCCCGACUUGACCUCCGACCACAUAUCCUCCAGAAUUCCUUUACAUGCCCUUUGAGCCAAUUCAUCAGCACGUUGGUUUUCUUUCCUCGGAAUGAACUCAAUUAUUACUUCUGAGAUUUUUGUCAGUAACCGACCCACAAUGUCCCUGUAUCUGCGAAGAUGAGGGUAAUUGCAAACAUAUUGAUUGUUUACCUGGUUGACUACUAAUUGAGAAUCCCCCCUUAUGAUUACAGACUGGACCUUCCUGGCAAUUAAAGCCUCCAAACCCAAAAUUAAAGCUUCAUAUUCUGCCGAAUUAUGGGUCAUGGCUUCCAAUCGUAGUUGUAAGUUGAUCUUUUGACCAUCAGGUCCUUGCAAAAAGACCUCUGCCCCUGAUUUGUUUCCAGAGGUAGAACCAUCAAAGAACAUCAACCAUGUUCUGGUACUUAUAUAAGGCACACAUCCGACCUGUAGAUUAUCCAGAUAUGAUGAACAACUAAAUGGUCGGACACUAUCACAAAGAGAAUACCCGACUUGUGAGAAUUCUGCCAAGAAGUCGGCUACUGCUUGUCCCUUAAUUGCCCUCAGCGGGGAAUGUUGAAGAUCGAAAGGAGCCAAUUUGAUGGCCCACUUCAUGAGUCUGCCCUUCAUAGUAGGUCUCUGUAAAAUCAAUUUGAUAAGAUCCACCUUUGAUAUGACCUCAAUUCUUCUGGGCAGCAAAUAAUGCUCAAGUUUAGUACAAGCGAAGACCAAUGAAUAACACAUUUUUUCUGGCAUAGUGUAAUUCAGUUCUGGUCCUGUAAGGGUUUUACUGAGAUAGUAGAUUGCCCUUUCCUUCCCGUCAUCACCAUCCUGUGCCAAUAAACAGCUAACCACUUCAUAUGUAUUUGCCAAAUAAAGUUUGAGUGGCCGACCUUGUUUAGGAGGCAUCAAGACUGGAGGGUGAACCAAUGCCUGCUUGAUAACAUCUAAAGCCUUCUGUUGAUCGGGACCCCAUUCAAAAGCAUGUCUUCCAGCUUUCAACAAUUUAGUAAUGGGUCUGACCUUGCCAGCAGCAUUAGAAAUGAAACGCCUCAAAUAGUUCACCUUACCCAAAAAACUCUGGAUUUCUUUAACCGUCUUGGGUGGCCGACUAUCAAGAAUGGCUUUAGCCUUAUUGGCAUCAAUUUCAAUUCCUCUCUCAUGAACUAAAAAUCCUAAAAAGCUCCCGGCUGAUAUUCCAAAAGCACAUUUGGUUGGAUUCAUCUUCAACUUGUACUUCUUCAUUCUUUCGAAUGCCUCUUCAAGAUUUCUCAAAUGUUCGUCAAAACUGGCAGAUUUAACAAUAACAUCAUCAAUAUAAACUUCCAUAGAUCUGCCAAUUAAAUCAUGAAAGAUUGAAUUCAUGGCUCUUUGGUAAGUUGCCCCUGCAUUCUUUAACCCGAAUGGCAUGACUGUCCAUUCAUAAAUACCUAAAGCCCCUGGGCAUCUGAAUGCUAUCUUAGGAAUGUCUUCUUCUGCCAGAAAUAUUUGGUUAUAACCUGCAUAACCAUCCAUCAGACUAAGGAUUUUAUGCCCUGCUGCUGCAUCUAUCAACAUGUCGGCCAUAGGCAUCACAUAUUCAUCCUUAGGGGUAGCUAGAUUCAAAUCCCUGAAAUCGAUGCAUAUCCUGAUAUUACCAUUUUUCUUGACCACUGGCACAAUAUUAGCCAGCCACUCCGCAUAACGGCAAGGCUGAAUGAAACCCACUUUGAGAAGUUUUUGGAUUUCUUCCUUGAUUUGAGGCAUCAGAUCCGGGCUCAUUCGCCUUGGAGGUUGUUUGUAAGGUUUACAACCUUCUUUGAUAGGCAAUCGAUGCUCUAUUAGACUUCUUGUCAAACCAGGCAUCUCUGAAUAAUCCCAUGCUAAACAAUCAAUGUUGUUUGUAAUAACUUCGAGCAUCAUUGUUUGUUGCUCUUUAGACAAAUAACCACUUAACCUGAUCACUUUUGGAACCAAUUCGGUUCCUAAAUUAAACUCCAAUAAUGGGUCUUGUGAUGAAGCUGUUGGUUCUGUUUUUUCUAAUAAGUCGGGCCAACGAAAUUGUUCAUCUUCUUGGAGGUGAACAUCCAGAAUCUCUUUACUAUUUUCUGCUUUAUGUAAUAACUGCUUUAAAUAGAACUUAUUAAUAAGAGAACUACAUACUUCUAAAGCUUGUAUCUUCCAUAACAAACAAAUUAUAUAGGAAUGGGUGUGGCUUUAUCAUGAGCCAUACAAUAAAGGUGUUCUUUUAAUAGAACAUUGAAUUCUGGCCAGUGACUUUGUAACCCUUGUUUGGGUAUUCCCUGGCCAUAUACAAUUGAGACAUCGGAGCCAAAGGACUGGAAUAAAACACUGACUCUUCAACUUGUUCUGAUACAUCAAAUGGGUUGUCAUUCGCUUCCAUUUUGAAAACCUGAUUUCCUUCCCAGAACAUUAAUUGUUGGUGCAAGGUUGAUGGCACACAUUGAGAGGCAUGAAUCCAGUCUCUUCCCAGCAAGAGAGAGUAUGUAGUAUCUGCGUCCACAAUAAAGAAAACAGUGGAGAUCUUCUUUGGCCCGACCUCGAUCGUGGCAACCAUCAUGCCUUCAGGCUUAGUCGGCUGCCCUGUAAAACUUGUCAUUUCGAAUUCCACAGGAGACAGAUCAUGAAUUCCUUUCCCUAACUUCUUGAGGGUCUUCAAUGGCAUAACAUUAAAGACUGCUCCAUUAUCCACGAAAACCUUUGUGAUUGGUUUCCCACAAAUGUGAGCAUUAACAUACAGAGGUUUCAAAUGGGAGAUCGCACCUCUGGAAUAGGAGGAAACACAAUCGAAGGUGUUUCCGACUGAGGAUCGGAAUCUGAGGUCUUUGCCCACUCUGUUUCCUCUAAUUCACCAUCUGCCAAGAAUGCCCAUAAAGGUUCGUCCAUAGUUUCAUCUACCAGACUCGCCCACAUCGGUUCAUCACUCAUCUGAUUAAUCUCUGUCAUUCGACAAGGGAUUCGUGGUCCCAAACGAGAUUUAACAGAUCUUGAACUUUCCUCUGUAGUUACUACUUCUUCCUUUGUCUUAUCCCGAGAUUGAACCGUCAAAGAUUCUAUGCGGAAUUCCUCAGGAGAUGGAUUGAUGUUGAUCCAUUCACAAUGUUGGCAUCGAAAACCUCUAAUUAUUUCAUCUGCCAUUCCUUUAUCUUUCCUCUGUCCCGACGAACUUCUUUUGGUAUAGUCGGACGCGCCUAAUCCGUCGUUCGGUUGCUUUCUUGACCAGUCCCUACUGGACCGACUUACUGGAGACUGAAUGGCUGCUACCUGCUCGUUGGUCGUUUGUUCUGUAAAGACUCUAAUGGACUGAUCUCCUGCCAAGUGGUCGGCUGCUUUUUGUUCGUCGGUUUGAUGUUUUGUUGAAGGAACUCGUUUCCCAUACUUUGCAGCAUACCUGCGUUUGGCAUUGCGAAUCUGUGUACGAUUCAUACCUGGAAAACGAGGAUCUAUAUCAACGGGUAAAGGCUUUUUAUUUCGAGCCCAAUUGUGCCCGACUGAACCUGUUUUUCUGGUCGGGUGGUCGCGCACUAAAACCUUUUCCUUCACUUCCACAUUAAAAGAACCGUCUGGACGGUCCCAUUUUUCAGCGACUGGCUUCUCACAAACUUUGAAUCGUUCUUCCGGUCGGCUGCUGUUUGGCUGAUUUCCUUUCUUUGUUCCGGGGCUUGCCUGAGUUCGUUCCCCUUUUUGUCCGCUAUUGGCCGAACUUUUCCCUGUUUCCGAACUUGGUUGGAUAUCGACCAUUGCCGUUGUUACUUUCGGAAACGGUUGCUGGUCUACACCUAAAGUGAUGUAUUUGAGCCGACCUGUCUUGAUGGCCUUUUGAAUUUCCUUCCUGAAAUGAGUACACUGACUUGUACUGUGUGUGAAAGAAUUAUGCCACUUGCAGUAUGGUCUCCCUUUGAUUUCUUCUUUAGUGGCCAGUCUUUGCCCCUUUGGAAUACGGAUCUGCCCAUCAGUCAGUAAGAUAUCAAAGAUUUCAUCAGCUUUUGAACUAUCAAACGUCGGUUGCUCCUUUCCUUCAGAUCCUGGUACUGGCUUCAAUUUAGGGCAUACAUAAGGUUUUCCAGAAAGGAUUUCGGCUGCCAUCUCUUCUGAUUGAUUAAAAUCAAAGUCACAUGUUUCUGUUCCCAUACUCGCCAUAUGUUGGCCUCUAUUACGCCUGUUAUGCUGAUCUUCCUCUCUGAACAAAGACUCUAAACGUCCCGCCUUGGAUGCAAGACUUGCCAAAUCCUCAACAUCCAGGGCAGUGAGUGCCUUUCUUAAACGAGUAUGCAUAUUCCGGACCACUAAAUUGGUCAUCUCUUUCUCACUGAUUACCGUAGGACAUCGUCCCUUCAUCAAUCGCACCCUUUCUAUAAACUGUGAAGCAGAUUCUUCUGGAAACUGUCUCAAUUCUAGUAAAUCAGUUAAAGAAACAACUGGUAAAGGAUUGAAGAAUCUAGCGUGAAAUGCCAUCUCCAGUCCUUCCCAUGUCUGAAUUUGUCCAGGAGGCAGACUUACAAACCACGAAAACGCCGUUCUAGUAAGCGAUAAACCAAACAGCUGUAACUUAUAAAAAGGGUUAUUGCCAACUUCUCCUAAUUGUGCUGUGAACCGACCAACAUGUUCUAUGGUGGAGGAUCCGUCCUCCCCUGAGAAUGCAUGAAAGUCGGGUGGUCGAAAAUUCCUUGGGAGAGGGUGUUCAUUAAUGAUCCUUUCUGGGAAAGGUCUCUGAUAUGCAGGGCGGUUAGCCAUCUGAGGAGUUAAUCCAUACUGAUCCCUUAAUAUAUGUGCAAUCUCAUCAGGAUCUACAUGAAAGCGUUGAUGAUCAGGAACAUGGAACGGAUCCUGCAUAGGAAUAUGAAUAGGAUCAUGUAUAUAUCCUUCAGGCCUGUCCUCCCUUGAAUUGUUCGGCUGUGAAUUGGUGACCCUUGGUCCCAAUGGAACAUUGUUGGGAAAAGUCAAAGGAGAUUUUCCCCUAUCCAUUCGGUUGGGAUUUGUGGCACUUGGGAAUGUACUAUCCACGAAUGAUGGCCCUGCGAAAUUUGCCUGUGGUCUGGACGGGGACACUCCUGGUGGCGUUUGAGUGGGUUGAAGACUAACCCUUGACAGUGCUUGAUCUAUCAUGUUCUGCAUCAGACUCUGUUGCUCACGCAACAUGUUCGUUUGUUGCUCACGCAACAUAUUCUGCAUAACCAAAGUAUGCUGGUUGUUCAUUUGUUGAACAUAAGACCACCAAUCAGUUGGUGGUUGUGGGAUUUCCCCGGCAUUUGGCACAAUAGGUGGUGGAACGGAUUCUCCCACCGGUGCCGAAGAUGACUGUGGUUGUGAACCUGCCAUAUGGACCCUUCCGAUGAUUCGGCCGGAUCUAAGACGUAUGAAAUUAUCGCCGGAAUUGGAAUGAGCAAUUGUGUCUUGCUCCCACUGUGGUCGCCAAUUUGUUGAUGUAAUUUUUCAACAAAAAUAAAGUAAAAUUCAAAGAUAUAGAAAAUAUCCUUAAACUUGAUUAAUUAGUGCCUGAGAUUAGGAAUCUCUAAACACUGUAUGGUACAGAAAAUAAACUAGAAAAUAAAAGACUGAAAUUUAAAGUGGUGAUCCCAAAAUCUGACUUUGCUUUGUUGAAGUUGAUUGAAGAUGCCUUGCCAAAUGAUGAUCCAAAUCCUUAAAUAUUCUCUGAAGAAACUGUACUGAAAACCGUCGCCCGAACGGUUACAACGUCUCCUUCCCAACCGUCUUCCAACCCUUCUCCUGCUGACACGUGUCCUCAGCAGACCAAAAUUAUCCCUAUAUUUCACUCUUUGAGCCGACUACAGACCUUCCGCCCUUUUAGCCCGACUGCCAAUCUACAAUAGUAUGGGUCCGACUGCCAAUCCUCCCGACUUGCAAACCAUCUGACUUGUUUGAAUUAGCUACAGACAUCCCGACUAACAAACCACCCGAUUUGUUGGUUCUGCCGCAGAAUUCCGAUCUGAGAACUUCCCGACCUGAGGACCUCCCAACUUGCGGACUUCCCGUCCUGAAGGCCACCCGUCUUGAGGACCUACCGACCAGAGGUCCUUCCGUCCUGAUGACCUUCCGUCUUGAUGACCUCCCGACCUGAAAACCUUCUGACUUGAGGUCUUUCCGUCUUGAGGACCUCCCGACCUGAAAACCUUCCGACUUGAGGUCUUCCCGUCUUGAGGACCUACCGACCUGAGGUCCUUCCGUCCUGAUGACUUUCCGUCUUGAGGACCUCCCGACCUGAAGACCUUCCGACUUGAGGUCUUCCCGUCUUGAGGACCUACCGACCUGAGGUCCUUCCGUCCUGAUGACUUUCCGUCUUGAGGACCUCCCGACCUGAAGACCUUCCGACUUGAGGUCUUUCCGUCUUGAGGACCUACCGACCUGAGGUCCUUCCGUCCUGAUGACUUUCCGUCUCGAGGACCUCCCGACCUGAAGACCUUCCGACUUGAGGUCUUUCCGUCUUGAGGACCUACCGACCUGAAGACCUUCCGACCUGAAGUCUUUCCGUCUUGAGGACCUACCGACCUGAAGACCUUCCGACCUGAAGUCUUUCCGUCCUGUAUUUUCCUUGAUUUCCACACGGUGUCCUUCAGCCGGUUCAACCAACUCUAUCGCCAGGCCCAUUCUCCUUUUUACCUUGGGCUUUUAACCUAAUUCUAAAUUUCGUACGUAACAAUUAUAUACAACACGUGCUGUGACAUAGAUACUAUUAUAAUAAGCUGAUUGCGAUUUAUUAUCAUUGUAACAAUAAGAGUUUGUGUUUUUAGUGCGUUUUUAUUUAAGAUAUUUUUGAUAUGAAGUAUAAAAAUUGUGUCGGUAAUAAAAAAUAAUAUUUUACAUUGAAGUUAGAUUUUUUAUUACAUAUAUAUUAAAAAUCAUGUCGAAUAAAAAAAAAAAUCAAAUCCUAAACAAAGCUCUUUCUUUACAUUGGACAGGAUUUCUCUACUAUUUAUUAAAUUUUUUAAUUUUUAUUUUUUUUAUUAAAUUUACAUAUUUCAUUUUCAUUAUCUAAUGGAGUAUAUAAUAAAAAACAAUUUGUUAUUUAAAUUGUUAUUUCCAAAUAGUUAUUCAAGAACAAAUAAAUAAAACGUUAUAAUCAAGAAUGGGCUAUUUAACAGUCGAACCCGCCAACAACAGUAAUAUACGUAUGUACAUGUCACGUCCUAUUGAUAUCCAUUUCCUUCUCAAGCCGUUUCCCUUCCGGGUGUACGAUCCUCUUCUUCUUCUCCCUCUCCUCCUCGCUCUCGCAUUUUACGCGCUCUUCGAUGAAAAAAUCAGGACUCCUGAUCAGAAACGUUGAAUCGGUUGGCUGAUCGAUCAAUUAGGUCUGAGGAAAAUACCGGAGCACCACCAAAUUCGACACAAUGUUGAUGUCUUGUUCCUCUACGUCCUCGCGGUGGAGCCACUACAAGAAUUUCCGCCAAAUUACCCGUGAGAGAUUGUUAUAUGAAAUGCUUCGAUCAGCCAAAUCUGGAAACUCCAAGUUCAGUUGGAAGGUGCUCAUUAUGGAUAGGGCCACGGUUAAAAUAAUGUCUUGUGCAUGCAAGAUGGCUGAUAUUACUGAGGAAGGAGUUUCAUUGGUGGAAGACAUACACAAACGAAGGCAACCAUUGCCAUCCAUGGAUGUCAUAUAUUUCAUCCAACCAACACAGGAAAAUGUUUCUAUCUUUCUUUCCGACAUGUCUGGAAAAUCACCACUAUACAGAAAGGCAUUUAUAUUCUUUAGUUCACCUGUUGCCCGAGAGUUGGUUGGUCCCAUAAAGAGAGAUGGGAUCGUUUUAUCUCGCAUUGGUGCAUUAAGAGAGAUGAAUUUGGAGUAUUUUUCCAUAGAUAGUCAGGGUUUUAUCACUGACAAUGAAAGAGCACUGGAAGUAGUAUUUCAAGAAGAUGAAAGCUCAUCUAAAGGUGCCACAUGUUUGCAUUUGAUGGCUACACGUAUAGCAACAGUGUUUGCAUCUUUGCGGGAGUUUCCAUUUGUUCGCUACCGUGCUGCCAAAACCCUUGAUUCUAAUACAACAACAACAUUUCGUGAUUUGAUUCCUACAAAGCUAGCUGCUGCUGUUUGGAACUGUCUUAUGAAGUAUAAAUCAAACCUCUCUGACUUCCCUCAGUCAGAGACAUGUGAACUGCUUAUUUUAGAUAGAUCAAUUGACCAGAUUGCUCCCAUUAUACAUGAAUGGACAUACGAUGCCAUGUGCCAUGAUUUAUUAAAUAUGGAAGGAAAUAAAUAUAUGCAUGAGGUUCCAAGCAAAGAAGGUGGAGCUCCCGAAAAGAAGGAGGUGCUUUUGGAGGAUCAUGACGCUAUUUGGCUGGAACUUUGCCACACACACAUUGCUGAUGCCAGUGAACGUUUGCACCAGAAGAUGACAAACUUUGUAUCAAAAAACAAAGCUGCUGUGAUCCACAGUUCAAGAGAUGGAAGUGAGUUAUCAACUCGGGAUUUGCGAAAGAUGAUUCAUGCUUUGCCUCAAUACAGCGAACAAAUUGAAAAGCUCUCUCUUCAUGUUGAUAUUGCUGGAAAAAUUAACCGAAUUAUAAGGGACACAGAACUGAGAGAAGUUGGACAACUAGAGCAGGAUCUUGUUUUUGGAGAUGCAGGACCGAACGACCUUAUUAAUUUUCUUAAGGUUAAACAGGAUAUUUCGCGUGAAAAUAAAUUACGAUUAUUGAUGAUUUACGUCGCUGUUUAUCCUGAAAAGCUUGGUGAUAACAAGAUAUCAAAACUGAUUGAGCUGGCUAGACUUCCACCAGAAGAUAUGGCCGCUAUUUAUAACAUGAGAUUGCUGGAGACAUCAUCAAACACCAAAAAGAGUUCGAUUAUCCCCUUUUCGCUUAACAAGAAGAAGCAUGCUGCACGGAAAGACAGGCCUGGUGAAGAAACCCAGUGGCAAUUAUCACGUUUUUACCCAAUAAUAGAGGAGUUAAUUGAAAAACUUAGCAAAGGUGAACUACCUAAGGAUGACUAUCCAUCUAUGAACGAGCCUAUUCCAGCUUUGCUUGCUGCCCAUCGAACUGCAUCUGCAAGGUUUGAUCCAAAUUCAGCUCCUUGUUCAAGGAGAUCGAGACGAACUGCAUCUUGGGCUUGUCCUCAAACCUCUGAUGAUGGAUACACAAGCGAAUCGAUUCUAAGGUGUGCAUCUAGUGAUUUUGAGAAGAUGGGUCAACGUAUUUUUGUGUUUAUUGUUGGUGGAGCAACAAGAUCUGAGCUAAGAGUUUGCCAUAAAUUGUCAACCAAGUUGAAACGGGAAGUUGUUCUCGGAUCAUCCAGUCUUGACGACCCUCCACAAUUUAUUACGAAGGUAAAGAUGAUGACUGCAGAUGAUUUAUCUAUUGACGAUAUUCAGAUCUAGGUGUGGAGCUGAAGCUCAAAUGAUAGGUAUAAAGCUGCCCCUAAAAUUGCGAUUCUGUCUCCAUCUUCCAAUAAUUGUACCCGCGAUAACUUCCCGCAAUGGAUAGCUUCAAACAAUGGAGAUGUAAAGUAGACGGGACACACUCAGUCGCGAUAAAAGUAGGUGUCCAUAUUUUAUUUUUGAAGCAAAAAUAGUUUUUUUUAGGACAAGGAUUUUAACACUCUAUAAUAAAUUAGUUCCAGAGAGAGUUACUUAAACUUUUCUCUGUAUCAAGAUUAGCCUAGAUGCAGGUUUUGUUUAAUUUUAUGCACAUAUAUAUGUUAGGGAUCAAAUAACAGAGUAAUUAUAUUAUACUUUAUAAAUCAAUAUUUUA